AUGAAGCUUAAUUGGCGGGUGGCGCUACUUUUCUUGGGCACCGCGAGGGCUGGCCGGGACAUGUCCGAGCUUGAGGCGCUUUAUCAAGAGGGAACAACCGCGGAUACGACUGACGUUGAUGGAACCAAAGUCGCAACACUCUCACAACCGCUGCCACAAGGCAAUACCAUUCCCCGCAAUACCUGGCAAGCCGACUGUACCUCCGAGGCGGGUGGCCACACCUGCACUCAAUCCUUCGAUGGCAACAACAGCACCUAUUGGCAAAGCCUCAACACGACCACUGCUCAAAACAUCACCAUCAACUUGGGCAAAGCAGACUGGAACAUCAGUGGUUUGACUGUGGUCCCCAGGCAAGAUCAGCAGGCGGCACUCAUCGAGGAGCACCAAAUCUUUGUGAGUACCAAUAAGGAGGACUGGACCCUGGUCGCAUACGGAACCUGGUGGCCGGAUCAAAGCCAGAAGCUCUCAGCUUUCCAACCACAAAAGGCCCAAUACCUUCGCCUCUCUGCCUCUGCUCCGAAUGGCAUUGCUAUUCAGGAUAUCAAGAUCUACAACUCCGUCUACAUCCAACCGAACCCCGCCCUCGGCGCAUGGGGCCCUACAAUUGACCUUCCCUUGGUUCCAGUCAGCGGUGCUGUCGACUUCCAGACUGGGGAGGUUGUCGGCUGGUCCUCUUGGGGCUACAACAUCUUCGUCGAAGGCAAAUCAGGCAAGACCCAAACCACAACCUGGAACGGCGGAAAGCAGUCCGUGACGCGCCGCACAAUUGACGAAACUGAGCAUGACAUGUUCUGCCCGGGUAUCUCGAUUGACCAAGAUGGAAAGCAAUCACGAAUGGUACGAGGGGAGAUGAUGAAUACCUUCCGCGGCUACCAAGCGACUACCACCUUGUCCGAUGGACGCAUUUUCGUGAUCGGGGGAUCAUGGAAUGGAGGUGUUGGCCUCAAGAACGGCGAGGUCUACAAUCCUCAGGCCAACUCCUGGAAAGAGAUCAAUGGUGCGCAGGCAUCAAAGAUGCUCACCGACGACCAACGGACAUACCGACAGGACAACCACGCUUGGCUGUUUGGUUGGACUGGUGGAUCUGUUUUCCAGGCCGGUCCCAGUAAGAUGAUGAACUGGUUUGGCACGUCAGGCUCUGGCACUACUGCCCCUGCCGGCAAUCGGACUGGUGACAAGGAUGCCAUGUGUGGAAAUGCUGUCAUGUACGACCAGGGCAAGAUCCUUGGAUUUGGUGGCUCUCCAGAUUACGAGAACAGCGCGGCCACCGAGUAUGCCGCCAUCAUUGAAAUUGGCAAAGUCAAUGAAACUGCCAAAGUCACUCAAAAUGCCGGUGGUGGUAUGCAGUACAAGCGAACCUUCCACUCGUCCGUUGUCCUUCCGGAUGGCACGGUGUUCGUUCACGGUGGCCAGGCGGUCGGCCUUCCAUUCAAUGAAGAUCAAGCCCAGAUGACCCCAGAGCUGUUUACGCCCGAUCCUUCCAACUCCAGUGGAGGCAAAUGGACACCCCUUCUGACGAAUACCAUCGUUCGUGUUUACCACAGCAUCUCCCUGUUACUGCAAGAUGGUACCGUCUUCACUGGCGGUGGCGGUCUCUGUGGAGAUUGUGAAGCCAAUCACUUUGAUGGUCAAAUAUACACACCAGCCUACCUCUUAAAGGAAGAUGGAUCCCCUCGCACUCGUCCCACGAUCAACACCAUAUCAUCGGGUCCUGUUAAGGCCGGGGAUUCUGUUGAGCUCACUACUGAUAGCGAUAUCAAGUCUGCGUCGAUUAUCCGAUAUGGUUCCACCACACACACAGUGAACACCGAUCAACGUCGCAUCGCCGUCGAUCUGAAAAGGGCCGAUGGUAAUGGCAACAAGUACACCUUCCAAAUCCCCGGUGAGGCUGGUGUCGCUCUACCUGGGUACUAUAUGCUCUUCGUCCUGAGUGGUGAUGGAACUCCCAGCCACUCAAAGAACGUUCAUGUAGUUGCUUAA